AUGGCGAACAUUAUAGAUAUGAUUGAAGAUGGGGAAAUUGAAAACGACAGUGAUCAAGACGAAGAAGUUUACAGAAAAGUCGACCGGCCUCAAUCAGAAGCUAAUUUAGCUAAGAGGACACAAGACACAUUUAACACAGAUUCAUCAGAAAGUUGUGAUUCUGAUGAUGGGAGUCGAAAUAAGAAAUUAUUAAUGAAAAGAUUUCAGCAUGUGCAACCAGCUUCUACCAACAGUGCCUCACACAGUAAAAAUGGGAAUCUCUGGAAGAAUAUGCUACAGGAAGAAACUCUGAUGGAGAACUUAAAGACUUGCGAUGUGUCUUCGUCGAGAAAGAGGAAAUAUGAGCGAGGAGCUGAAAGUUAUGACUUUGAGAAUGCCCAAAAAGAUCAUGAGAUUGAUGAAAUUAGCUUUAUAAAAUCACAUAAACGUCGAAAAAUGGACAUUAGUGGGAAUGAAUCAUCGUCUUCAAAUGCUUCUUCACGUUCUGCUAAACGAGCAAGAAAAAACCGCUACAAACAAAGAAGAAAACAGAGAAACACUUCACCAAGAAUUCUGUCUGAUCUUUCACUUGGUUUUAAUAGCACUGACGAAGAGUUUGGAAUUGAAAUGGCUCAAAAGUUGGAAGAAGAAAAAAGUGAAUUGAUUGUAAAAGUUGUGUCUGUGAUUGGUAAGGAAGCAAGUCUUAAUUUGUUUAAAAUAACACAAAAGAUUGAAGUUGAGGGUGGAAUGAUGACGAUGAUGAAGAAUCGACGAAGAACUCCUGGUGGAAUUUUUCUCUUUCUUCUUAAAACGUCUGACAAAAUUGAUGAGGAGUUAAAGAAGAAAAUCUUCGAUUCUGAAAGAAAAAGCAUCGAGAAAACAAUUGUAGAACGUAAGAUGUCAAGCGAGCAAUCAGAAGCUAAAGAUCCACCAAAUUCACCAGCAAACUCCGAGUUUAUUGAAAUCAAUGGCAAAAUUACUGACCCCGAUUUGGUUUCACAAAAAAUCCUCAACUUUAAGCCAGAAGCAGCUGCUGAUCAUGGAACAGCCAGUGAAGACGUUCUCGAUCUUGAUUACAGUUACGAUGACAUGGAAACAUUUUAAAUUGAAUUAACAAAAAGAUUUCGUCUUUUUUUUUGAACACAAAUAUUUGUUUAAUUUAUUUGUCAAACUACUACUCUUAGUAGUGAAUUUUCUAAUGAAUAAAAAGUUGAAAAGUUAAGAUAUUUCCUUACUUCUAUCCACUCAUGAACAUAAUUGAUAUGAAGAUGUUACAGAUAUUUUUCAUAUGUUUGUUAAUUAAGCUUUGCUUCGGUAUUUUCUUACUAGCAUCGCCCACACAUCAGGAUAUCGUGUCUGGAGGAAGCUGAUGAGCUUUUGCGCAUUUUGUGCUUGUUGUUUCGUGCAAUUUUUACAAUUACGGACGAUGACCUCGGGAAGUGCUGCUUUCAACUGCUUGCCUAGAUUAUCACAUGGCGACCUGUCCAACACGCACAUUAUUUGUCUCGACACAACCACUUGGUUAUUCAGGAGUUUAUUGAUAUUUUGUGGGGAAUCAUCUUGAGCAUAAACCCAAGAUUGAUUAAUUAUUAAAAUCAACAAGAAUAAAUGGACGAACGUGAAGUUUUUCAUUGCAAAAAAAAUUUUCUUCCUUUUUUCUGGACUUUUUUUUCUCCUUUCUCAGAAAAAUAUUUUUAAGAUUGUACUAGA